GCCUAAUCCCACUCGCUCUUCACCAACACACAGUACAUAAUACAAAACUCUCCAUAGAAAUAUACAAUAGAAAGCAACCAUCAACAAACUCCAUUUCGCUCUAUCUUCUGGACCCUUUACCUUCUCUCGCUUGCUCUGUCCCUCCCUUCGCCAUGAAACUUUUUCUCUUCCUUCUGCUCUUCCUAUCUUCAAUAAUACCUGCGUUAUGCAAAAGAUCUCUUACUGCUUCCUCGCUAGUGACAUGUAUGGAUAGUUCCCAGCUCAGUGCUUCCAAAUUCAACGUCGUAUUCAAUCCAGAUGACAACUCUUUGCACUACGACCUAGAUCUCUCCUCCGAAAUAGAUGGCUAUGUUCAGGCUUUAAUUCAGGUCUAUGCAUAUGGCUUUGAGAUCAUCAGAAAUGAUCUAGACCUCUGCUCUUUGGAUUUGAAACAGUUUUGUCCAUUAUAUCCUGGCCCUGUUGAUAUUGAUUCAGUAAACUACAUCGACCUCGACUUGGCUAACCAGAUUCCAAACAUUGCUUACACUGUUCCAGAUAUUGAUGCCUUUCUAAGACUAACCGUUACCAACAAUAAUGGCACUCAGAUAGCCUGUAUUCAAGCCAGUUUCUCUAAUGGUAAAUCCGUUUCUCAUGUUGCUGUAAAAUGGGUAACUGCCGGUAUUGCAGGUUUGGGCUUACUAGUCUCUGCUUUGCUCUCGUGUUUUGGCAACUCAAAUGCUGCUUCUCACAUCUCAUCAAACGCUUUAUCUCUCUUCACCUAUUUUCAAAGUGUUGUUAUUGUGACAAUGCUACAUGUUGACCAGCUCCCCCCAAUUGCUUCCGCCUGGUCCCAAAAUUUAUCUUGGUCAAUGGGUCUAAUUAAUAUCAAAUUCAUGCAAGACAUCUUUAGAUGGUAUGUUCAAUCAACAGGUGGCUCUCCAACAACCUACUUCUCCUCAGAAGCCAUCUCCAUUUUGGUUCAAAGAGCCUACAACUUGAUUAAAAAAAGAUCAAAAACUAUCGUUCUUUAUGGCAAUUCUCAUCUUCUAAUCUUUAGAGGUAUCAAGAGAGUCGGCUAUCUAGCGGGCAUUGAAACCUCUUCAAUCGUUGUAACUGGUUUUACCUUUUUCAUUGUCUGUGCCUAUGUCUUGAUUGUUAUUUCCAUCUUGGCUAAACUCAUUCUAAAACUAAGAUCAAACAUUCUAAAGGGCUCCCUAUCAAAAUAUAUCUACAUUGGUUUUGCUCAAUUAACCAUCUUCUCUCUCUGGGAAUUCACUGAAAGAGACUCAACUGCAAUUGUUGUUUUAGCUGCUUUGUUUUUAUUCACUGCCAUUGCAAUCCUCUACUAUGCUUGCUACAGAACUCUAUAUUUUGGUCGCAUGGGUAUUAUCAACAACAAAAACCCAGCUUCAAAUUUAUAUGGUGAUGAAAACGUUUUAAACAAAUAUGGCUUUUUCUACACCAUGUACAAUGCUAAAACCUAUUGGUGGAGCUCAGUUCAUUUGAUUCACAUAACCAUCAAAUGCAUUUUCAUCGCCUUGUGCCAGAAAUAUGGUAAAGUCCAAACUUUAGUCGUCUUCAUUAACGACUUGAUUUAUUUUAUUGCUUUAAUCUACUAUAAACCAUUUCUAGAUAAGCCAACUAACAUUUUAAAUAUCUUGAUAAUGACCGUUACAACUUUAAAUUCCUUCCUUUUUUUGUUUUUCUCAAACUUAUUCCACCAGCCUGCUGCUGUUGGUUCAAUUAUGGGCUGGGUUUUUUUCAUUUUAAAUGCUGCUUUUUCUUUAAUUUUAUUGAUUUGGGUCAUUUUCUACUCUUCCUUGGCUAUCUUCUCAAAAAACCCCGAUUCCAGAUUCCAGCCCGCUAAAGAUGACAGAAGAUCCUUCCAAAAGAGAAAUUCCCUAACUUCAAACUCGAUUAUGAGUCUUAAAGAUGAUGACAACAAUGACAAACCCGCCGAGUUAUUAGCCUUGGGUACCACCGCUAAAGAUCAUCAACUUAACUGGGACACAGAUUUAAAGAGAGCUUCUCAAUUAUCCUAUGAUUCUCUAUCUAAAAAUUAUAAUAACAGCUCCAACUAUAACAGUGACAAUAGCAACACCAACAGCAAUCCUAACAGCAACAUCAACAGCCCUAUUGAUAACAACAUCGAUGCCUAUAUUAAUAGCAACAACAAUCCCAACCUUUAUAACGAUAUGUACAAUAAAUACUAAUACUCACUAUAAUUAGAAACUCACUCAUCUCACUUAGACUGCAUCUUGAAUACAUUCUCAUUCUCAUUCACAUCUUCAUAUACGUCCAAACCUAGUUCUAUUUCAUCUUCUCUUUUUCCUUUUUUUCUAUUUUUUUUCUUUUUUGAUUUUUUUAUCUACUAUACUCUAAUCGGUUCUUUAAUCCAACUCUUGGUGCUUUUAAUAUUUUUUUAAAACUCUUUUUAUAUUCUUUCUUUCUCUGAUUCCAUUUUCUGUUUGUUACACUUUGUUUUCACUUUCUCCCAAGGUUCCUAUUACCAAAAUGAAAUUUUAAUCGCUAAUAGACAUUAUCUUCAAAGA